AAAUAUCAAAAAUUGAACUAUUCAUUUCUAGGCUGUAGGUCGAUUGGGAGGUCAAACAAUGUAUCAAGAGUGUCAAGGGUUAAAGGUGAAAAUCUUGGACCAGUCUAAUCAGGAAAUUAUGUUGGAAAUCAAACAAUCACUGGAAGAGUUGAAAGAACUGAAACUAACAAUGGAAAUUUUGAAAGACCCAAUACCAUGGAACAUUAAAGAGCUGUUAAAAAAACAAAUAGAAGACUGGGAAAAGAAAGAUAAGAUGUUUGUGUCUACAAGAGCCAGUGAUUAUGUCAUGGAACAGUUAGAGGACAACAGUUGCCUGACUAUAACCGCUCCAUCAGGAGUAGGAAAAUCAUUUAUUGCAAGACACACAGCACUUGUUUUAAAGAAGGAAGGAUACAAUAUAAUACCAGUGUACUCACCAACAGACAUUAGAGAUUAUUAUCAGCCUGGUAAACAGACUGUCUUCAUUGUAGAUGAUAUUUGUGGAAAUUUUAAUGCCAAUCAACAACAGAUUGAUAACUGGAAACAACUGUUACCUGUGAUUAAAACAAUAAUGGCAGACAAAUGUUGUAAGAUUAUUGUAUCUUGUAGAUUACAAGUCUAUAAAGAUGAAAAGUUUAAUAUAUUAUCACCUUUUAAAUCCUGUGAAUGUAAUUUAAUAUCAGAUAAGUUAUGUCUUACAUCUGUAGAGAAAACAAAUAUAGCAAAAACCUAUAUUGGUACAAGCAUGACAGAUAUUGAUGAUUUAUCUUCUAAAUGUGAUUUUUUCCCACUCUUAUGUUCCUUAUAUCAUGAAAAAGAAGAUGUAGAUGUCAAAGAGUAUUUCAAAAAUCCUUUUGAUGUCUAUAAACGUGAGCUAGACAGGUUAAGUCAGCAUGGUGAUGAAGGGAACUAUAAAAUAUGUAGUCUGGCUUUAUGUGUUCUCUUUAAUAAUCAGCUAAAUGAGAAAUGGUUCCAAGAUAAAAUGACAGAUGAACAACGACAGAUCAUAAAAGACACAUGUGAGGCUUGUGAGUUCAACAGUAUACCAAAGGCAAAACUAAAGAAAUCACUUGACACUCUAGAUGGUACAUUUAUCUGUAAACAGAAUGGUAUUUAUAGAACUCUACAUGAUAAACUGUUUGACUUUCUUGCUCAUUACUUUGGUAAGAAAAUGAUAGAAUGUUUAAUACACCAUGGUGAUAGUGAUUUAGUACAUGAACGUUUUAUCUGGCAGAAGUCACCAGAUGACAAGAACAGUAAUAUAGACUUCAUUAUUGAAAUACCAGAUGACUAUUUAGAAUCAUAUUUAGAAAGGUUUAUAAAGGACUGGUCAGAAGGAAAGGUGACAUUCGUAUUCAGUAACAUUAAUAUGAACGUAUCAUCAUUCAGACAAAAGUUAAAACAGUACUUACUACAACUAGAUAAAUCACAACAAGUAAUAUUAGCCAGUACCAAGGAUACAGUGAGACCUAAAGAGGAGUAUGGAUCAGGUACUACUCCACUGAUAUGGAACUGUUAUGAUGGUUAUACUGAUAUGGUACAGUGGAUGUUACAUAAUGAUGUGGAUGUUGAUCAGUGUAGAGAUGAUAGGAUUACUGGACUGUUCAUGGCAAGUCAGCAAGGACAUACUGAUAUAGUAAAGUUACUGUUAGAGAAGAAUCCUAAUAUUGAUCUAUGUAACAAGGAUGGCUGUAGUCCUCUGUACAGGGCAAGUACUGAAGGACAUACUGACAUAGUAAAGUUACUGUUAGAGAAGAAUCCUAAUAUUGAUCUAUGUAACAAGGAUGGCUGUAGUCCUCUGUACAGGGCAAGUCGGGAUGGUCAUACUGACAUAGUAAAGUUACUGUUAGAGAAGAAUCCUAAUGUUGAUCUAUGUAACAAGGAUGGCUGGAGUCCUCUGUACUGGGCAAGUACUGGUGGACAUACUGACAUAGUCAAGUUACUGUUAGAGAAGAAUCCUAAUGUUGAUCUAUGUAACAAGAAUGGCUGUAGUCCUCUGUACAAGGCAAGUCAGGUAGGACAUACUGAUAUAGUAAAGUUACUGUUAGAGAGGAAUCCUAAUGUUGAUCUAUGUGACAAGGAUGGCUGUAGUCCUCUGUACAAUGCAAGUUAUAAUGGACAUACUGAUAUAGUUAAGUUACUGUUAGAGAAGAAUCCUAAUGUUGAUCUAUGUGACAAGGAUGGCUUUAGUCCUCUGCACAGGGCAAGUGGUAAUGGACAUACUGAUAUAGUAAAGUUACUGUUAGAGAAGAAUCCUAAUGUUAAUCUAUGUGACAAGAAUGGCUGUAGUCCUCUGUUAUGUGCAAGUAGUAAUGGACAUACUGAAAUAGUAAAGUUACUGUUGGAGAAGAAUCCCAAUGUUGAUCUAUGUGACAAAGAAGGUUUUACACCACUGAUCAGUUCAUGUAGUAGAAAUCACAUCAGUAUAAUACAGCUAUUAAUGAAACAUAAACCAGACAUCAAAGCCCAGACGGAUGAUGGAGGUAAUGCUUUAUAUUUCAGUGCACUGAACGGAAACCUAGAAAUAACAAAGUUACUAUUAGAGAACAAUGCUGACUGUAAUAUCUGUAUGCAUAGUAAACAGUCUAUAGCAGAUACAUAUAAUAACCGUCUGGAUUACACCUUAGAUAAAGAAAGACAGGAAUGGUUUGACUUUCUCUUAAAAAAGGCUUCAUCAAAUAUUCGAGAUUACAUCAGUGAUAUGUCAGUAGGUUAUGGGUUUAAUGUAGUAGUUAGUUCUUCUCCAUUACAUAUAGCCUGUUUUAUGGGUAGGACAGAUGUAGUCAAUUGUCUUCUCAAAUACCAUGUUAACAUCAAUAUGACAAAAGAAGAUGGAACAACUCCAUUAUUUUAUGCAUGUGAAGUAGGACAUGAAGAUAUUGUACGUUUAUUGUUAGAUAAAGGAGCAGAUACAAAGAUAUAUAGACUAGAUGGAAAAUCCCCGUUAAACAUCGCAACAGAUAAUGGACAUACAUCUAUAGUAAUGAUGUUAAAAAUCGCACAAAGAAAGAAGAAAGUUAAACUUUCUUCUUAACUCUUGUUCUUUUGUCAUACAACAUUUUACUGUAUUAUUGGUAGGAUAGGUGUAGUCCGUUGUCUUCUGAACCACACUGCCAACAUAAACAUGACAAAAGAAGAUGGAACAACUCCAUUAUGUUUUGCAUGCGAAGUGGGACAUGAGCAUAUUUUACGUUUAUUGUAAGAUAGUGCAGUUAUAUAUAGCGGUAUGGGCUUUGCUCAUUGUUAAAGGUCGUAUUGUGACCUAUAGUUGUUAAUUUCUGUGUCAUUUGGUCUCUUGUGAAGAGUUGUUUCAUUGUCAAUCAUACCACAUUUUCUUUUUGUAUGUAUACAAAUAUAGUCUACCAUUUUAUUUGUAUUGUUAUGUAGAGUCGUGUUUUCUCUUGUAUAACAUUUUACUGAUUGUACUUUUAUGUACUGUAUACAAAUAUAGCCUACCAUUUUAUUUGUAUUGUUAUAAAUGUUUGUUCGUGUUUUCUCUUGUGUAUGUAUUCCUUUCUAUAUUUUUGCUAACAUGACAAACCCCUAUAUUGUUUGUUUUGUUCGGAUGUUUGGGAACUGUAUAAUAAAGAAAUAAUAUUGUAUCACAGCAUGUCUGAAAGGCCAUGUAAGAUAUUGGGUCCAUUGUCUGUUUGUCUUUCCGUCUAUUGCUUUUCAGCUUUUGAAAGAUGAUUUUAUUUGAAACCUUGAAUGAGUUUUUAAAUAAUGGUGUAUGCAUUUUUAUGCGACCACAACAAAAUUUGUGGUCGUAUAAUGGUAUUACGUCGUCAUGGUCUGAUGAAUUUUGAAUUACCUCACUUACACUGCUGUUAAAUUAUGUAUAAAGAAUUUUUGUAUUGUUUUGAGGUGAUUAGCUGUCAAUUCAUUUUUAGAAUAUACUAUUUUAAUAAGUUAAAAUUGCUGAUUAAGGUAAAUUAAUUUUAGCUAUGAUUAUGAAUGUCAUUUUCUAUUUCAAGACUUUUAUGAUGUAUUUAAAUGGGUUUUUAUGGUUGCAAACUUCAUUGUAAAUUUGAAUUGAAAUUAUGACCAUAACUGACGGAAAGAAGUUUAUUUUUGAUAAAUUCAAAUCAUAUAACCAAUUCUAAGCUCUUUGACUACAGUUAUUCUGUGUCAGAAACCUAUUAUGUGUCAAAUAUUGAAUUACAAUCCAAAUUCAGAUCUGUAUCAAGCGCGAAUAUUGUGUCCAUUUUUGCCCCAACUGUUCAGGGCUGGACCUCUGUGGUCGUAUCCAGCUGCGCUCGGCAAUUUAUUUCUUCUGGUUUAAACAUUCAAAAUUUAUAUUCGUAUGAUUGAUUUAAAGAUGUUUAUUCUUUUUUCUUAGGUAAGUUUAAGUUUUUAUAUUGGUGAAAUAGUACUGACAAAGAUAAUACUAAAUAUAUUGUUUUUGUUUCAAGUCUUAUAACUAGCUUGGUAUUAAACAUGAUUGAAACUCUCAAAAGGAUCAGAGGCAAAAUUGCACUAAAAAUAAUGAGUAAAGCAGGAAAGACUUUUUAGUGUGUGCACUCUUGUUUCAAAUUCUUUGAUCUCCCCUGGAAGUUAUGAAAGUAAUAGACUGAAUGCUGUGUAUAACCACUCUGCUUCAAAAAAAGUAUGAUACUUAC